AUGCCGGAAGAGAGGGAUUCGGCGCCACCGGGCGUCCAGAAUGGACAGGCACACCCGACGGUGGAAAAAGACGAGUCUACGAAUGGCGCCAAUGUCGAGUACCCAAAACCGCAGAAGACGGAUACGGCCGGCAGCAAGAAAAAGGGACCCGAGGGAGGCUUCGACGACACGCCGGUACCGCGCGCCCCGCCUGGAUACACGGUCAAGUUUACGCUGCACCGCGCCAACAACCUCCCUCUCGCCGACAUCAACACCCUCUCGGCUGAUCCCUUUGUCGUCGCCCAGCUCAUCACCAGCCUGCCGACACGACACAAGGAGGACCCGCCCCUAACUAUGCGCACACACACAGUGCGCCAGAGCACCGAUCCAGUAUGGAACUAUGAAUGGAUAGUCGCCAACGUACCGGCGUCGGGCUUCAACUUCAAGUGCCGCAUCUACGACGAGGACCCCGCAGACCAUGACGAUCGCCUCGGUAACGUUCAUGUUGUCGUUCCGUCGAUAAGCGAGGACUGGCCAGGCAUACACGACCAGACGUAUUCCAUCAGGAAGCGCAUGAUCAGCAAGAGAGCGUAUGCACUGCGCGCCGUUGCGGUUUGCUUCGGAAAAGUGAACCACAUGAGCGGAACACUCAACGUCAGCGUAGAGGUACUAGGCAGAACACAAGAUGAGAAUGGAGGACGCACAUACACAGUAGGACCGCAAUUCUGGAUACGGCAUUACUCGCCACUACUCGGACGCCUGCUGGGCCAGAAAGAACCCAACGAAGAUGGUGAAGUGUCACUGCGAACUGGCAAGCAAAAACCACAAAAGUACAAUUUCCAGUCGAACCAGAUGCAGCUGCGGGGCCCCGUGCCCGAGGCAAUGUAUCACCGCUAUGUCGAGUUUAAGCCGUUUGUUAAGAGCAUGUUUACAGCAAAGGGCGCCAGGGGUUACAUCCUCUCCAAAGCCCUGCACCACCAACACGCCCGCGUCUACAACUUCGACCACGCGACAGAAUUCCAAGUAAUCCGCUCGCCCUGCAAAGAAUUCACGCAGAAAUUCCUCGAACUCGUCCACUACGACCAAGGCGGCCGCAUCUUCACCUACGUCCUCACCCUCGACGCCCUCUUCCGCUUCACCGAAACCGGCAAAGAAUUCGGCAUCGACAUGCUCAGCAAACACACCAUGCACAGCGAUGUGGCCCCAUAUAUUGCCUUUUCGGGCGAAUUCUUCAUCCGCCGCCUCAAACACAAGGACCGGCGUCCCCCCGACGAAGGCGGAAACAAUCUCUCCCACCCACCCCACGAUAUCGCGGGGGGUCCCCCCCACGACGACACACCGAAGAAAGACCCAGCAUAUUACGAACUUGUCAUCGACAACGAUUCGGGCACCUACCGCCCCAACGCCGCCCUCCUCCCCCAACUAAAAUCCUUCUUCACAGCAAACUUCCCGGGCCUCCACAUCCGCACCCUCGACUGCCAGGGCGACGCGGAGAAAAUGGCGGCCAUGAAGGAAGAGCAGCGCGAACGAAAAAAGAAGGAGGGCGAUCGCGUAGUAUAUACCCAGAUUAGUCGCUCUAGUAGCGUGAGUAGUAGUGAUGAGGAGGAGUUGGAUCGUCUCGAGGCUGAGGGCGAAAUGUCGCCCAGACAUUUGAGACAUCAGAUUCAGAGGGAGGCAGGCACCAGAGUCGAUGCGUUGAAGGUGCAUGCGAGGGGGAGGCCCGGGACGGGGGAGGGAGAGGUCAAGGUUGCGGGGGGUGGGUAG